AUGCCAUCUAUUCUCGCGUUCGAUGGUGGCGCCCGUACGAGUGUCGGUGUGAGUGCAUACGCGUGGUGUGCAUGGGCUUCUUCCGGCAAAGUAAUUCGCUGUGCGGCAACUGCGGUUACACCAUGUGCGACGAAUAAUGAAAUGGAGGCACAAGCCCUGCUUAGUGGGCUUCUCUGGCUUCGGCGAUACCGCCCAACAGCUCGUGUGAGCAUCAUCGGCGAUUCGGCUGUAAUCAUAAACCUGGCUCUUGGGACCGUUCGCGUGCGGAGCUCGAAUCUGACGUCCAUGGUUGCGCGUAUUCGUGAGAUUUUGUGCUGCUUCCGUGCGGUGACGGUGACAGCAACCUCACGUACCUACAAUGUGGCAGCGGAUGCCCUUUGUAACUGGAUAAUGGACAAACGUAUCGCGGAUCCUCAUACUACUGACUUUGAGAGUCCUAGCUGGCCGCUCGCCAUUGAGACAUCAACAGACCCCAUCCGCAAAGGGACCCCGGACGUUCUUUCACUAUCAGUCCAGGACAACGACUUCAUGCAAUGGAAAUCACGUUGGUCACUCGUCCUACGAGAUUUGGACCGGAUCCGACACCUCAUCCACAACCGCUUUGCAGCGCCUCGGCCAAGUGUGACGGGUGGCUUGGGUGUGAAGAAAACUCCGCCUCCCACGGUUGACACACUCGCUCGUUUCGAGACGUCUAACUUUGACACACAUAUACUGCGUUCUUGCACCAUCAAUGGGCUAGAACGUUGUGUGCCACUUCCAGUCUUCAAGGCAUUUAGAGACUUGGCAACAGAAUACCACCUUCCGUUUCCGGUGAAUCGGAUAUUUCUCAUCUCGUAUCAAGCAGCACACUUUGAUGCAGCGGGGAUACGGUACACGUCACCGAUACGGUGGCGCGGUUUAUUGCGUUACGUGCCAGGGCUGAACGCUAACAAACUAACUACUCUGCCUGAGGCUACGUACGUGUAG